AGAUAGACAGACUCAAGCAAGCAGCUGGUUUAGUGCGUACAUUUUUGUCGACUAAUUAAGGGACCGCUGUGUCGGUAUUGAUUUAUUACAUGUUUAGCAAAAAAAAUAUUUUUUCUUCAUAGGUUAACAUUUAUUUUGUCUUCAUAGCACAUUUAAAAGUGAUGCAGGGGGCCAGGUGUCUCUUUAGUUACACGAGAAUUGCCGCACGCACUUCAUUCUUUCCUUCAAGAGUAAACGUAUCUUCUUUCACCUGUAUCAACCCAAAACGUUCUUCCACCACAGCACCUAUGUUCCCGCUUUUGUCAGUAAAGCCCACGCGAGGACUUGUGGAUGAGAAGAUCCAGGUGUUUGUUAGUAAUUUACCUCCCCGGUUCGCGGUGACGCUACAUUCCCUCCAUCACUCCGAGGACGAUUACUACUGGGAGGCGUUUGGUCAUUACAACACUGACGAACUAGGCAACGUAACAGUGACUGAGGAUGCCAGUGUGGGAGGAACAUAUGAAGGCACAGAGCCCAUGGGUCUACUGUGGAGCAUGCAGCCUGUUCCAGGGAGUCGAACAGGCCUCCGGUUGAGAAAGAUGAAUGUCCUCACUCCCAUGGUGGUACACAUCUCUGUGUUCAGUGGUCAUGUGACUGAGGGCUUCAGCAAGCAGUCUCCCCUAGCAACUGUUGUCAUAGAGCGAUGGUACCUGGCACCAGGUGUUCGCAGAAUUGACAUCAGGGAAGAUGGGGUCAAAGGCACCCUGUUUAUACCCCCAGGUCCUGGACCCUUCCCUGGUGUUUUGGAUUUGUGGGGAGGAGGUGGUGGACUGGUGGAGUACCGAUCUGGACUCUUGGCAUCACAUGGUUUUGUUUCCAUGGCCCUAGAAUACUUUAUUGUUGACACAAACAGACCACCAACACUCCAUUUUAAAAUCUUUGAGGAAGCUUUCAGGAUUGUUCAAGAGCACCCCCUGGUGAUGAAGGACAAGGUUGCGCUGUAUGGUCUUAGUUUUGGCACGUAUGUCACACUCCGCUUAGCAGCCUAUUCUAAAUCAGUCAGCCCCAGAUGCUGUGUGUGUAUCAAUGGGAGUCAUGACCCCCCGGUCCACAACCUACUCUACAAAUUAUUUGUACAUGUUAUGCACACCCAGAAUGAAACACGGUCUGAUCAGGAGGGCCAAGUGGUCCGUAGAGACCUCAUUCUGCCUAUUCCAAUUGAGUCUAAAGAAACAGUGGAUAUGGGGAGGAUAGAGUGUCCGUUGAUGAUGGUCAUUGGCGAUGAUGAUCAGAACUGGUCCACAUCUGCUGAGGACAUGACCCAGAUGAUGCGUGCAGCAGGAAAUGAACACCUGCUGACAAUUCUCCGAUACCCUGGUGCUGGACACCUCAUUGAACCACCCUACACCCCUCACACCAGAGCCAGCACCUUCGUAAUGCCACCGAAAAGAGAUAAAAUGAUCAUGUUGUGGGGAGGGUCCCCAAAGCCACAUGCUGAUGCUCAGGAAGAUUCUUGGGAAAAGAUCCUUGGGUUUUUCCUGCAACAACUCUACUUGAGCCACAACGAUGACCCUAAAGCAAAACUGUGAUUUCAAGCACAAGAUCCCAGGACCUACUAUGAACCUCAGGACCUACUAUGAACAACAGAUUAAGCUUUAUAUUGAUUGUUUUAAUAUUUUAUCAGACUAGUAGACACAGCUGUAAAAGUCACCUGCAAAAUGAUUGGCAGCCUCGAUAAAAAUGAGCAAAAAGAGCAAAAAGGGUCCGUCAUCUCCCACUUUUCCCGGUUUCCAUUGCUUCACAAACACUUCCCGGACUAGUUCAUUGUCACGUCUUCAAAUCAUGCACACCAGGUCCCAAUCAUUCCAUCAGUAUGUUUAAAUGUUUCUCCUCUGCUCCCCUCACUUGUCGGUUAGUGUUUCUUCUCGUUCUGUUUUCAUGUAUGCCUUUCGUUUGUUUUGCUUUAAUAAACGCACGUUUGAACGUA